AUGGUUUCAGGUCUCAUCUCUGUGACAAAACAUCGUUUUUUAACGAAUUUGGACGCUAAUGCCAGCAGAUUUACCUUUGUUCAACUUGCUGACCCUCAGUUGGCUCUACUCGAACGCUAUGGAGAAAAACGUGACCCACCCUAUAAAUGGGAUCGUGAACUUGCUCUUGUAGAUCGUGCCAUCUCAGCUAUAAACAGGCUUUCCAGCAAACCUAAAUUUGUUAUAAUUUGUGGUGAUCUGGUGGACGCUGAGCCUGGCCGAUCUGAAAGACAGGAUCAAAUUUCAGACUUGAAGUCAUCCUUGGCGAAGAUUUCUCCAGAUAUACCCAUUUUUGUCCUGCCUGGAAACCACGAUAUCGGAAAUAGUCCUUCACCAGCCGAUAUUGGCGAUUACACAUCUUAUUGGGGGGAUGACUACUUCACAUUUUGGUGUGGUAAAGUGAAGAAUAUUGUCGUUAACUCUCAACUUUACUUCGAUCAUUCGAGUUGUCAAGCCGAGUUUUCAGCUCAGGAUGGCUGGUUAGAUAACGAACUUUCCACAAGCGAGAAUGAAAAUGCAGAGAAUAUUCUUAUUUUUCAGCACAUUCCACCAUUUAAAAAGUCACCAAGUGAGGAGGAUGAUUACUUCAAUUUGCCAAUAAGCGUCCGUGAAGACUUGUUAAAUCGAUACUACAAGGCUGGAGUGCGCUACCUUUUCUCUGGUCACCUUCACUACAACAGCGGUGGUCUAUGGCAUCCACAAGGGGGCAAUUCCAGUACUCCACUUGAAAUCAUUUCCUCCUCAGCUGUGGGGUUCCAACUCGGGCACGACAAACCGGGUCUUCGUAUUGUUCGUGUCACUCCCACCACCGUCACCCACAAAUACUUCGCUUUCGAUGAGCUGGAACAAGACCCAAGCAUUGCUACGUCUUGGACACGAGGGCUUCUCCGAUUUCUGCUUCUCUCGAAUCGGACGAUUUUUGUUAGAGCCUCAAGCACUGGGAGUAAAUACCCCAGUACUUCUCUUCUGCCUUCUCUUCGGGUAACCCACGAAACUGUUCGUGAUUUUGAUAUCCCCUUGACAACGGGCAAAUCGAUGAAGCCGAAACCACAAAGGUUUGCACCUCCACAUCCAACGUCCACAGAGAAACUCUCCUUUGAGAACAAUCUCUUCCGAGUCUCCGCCUAUGGCAUCGGUCAGUCGAUAAACCUGGCACGGGUCUCUUCAGUCUUCGACUACGUGGCCAUGGGGUAUCGGUGUCUGCGUCUGCCGCCUGAAGUGACCAACGAGAUCCUCUUCCUAACUACGCUCUUUGAUGUUCAUGAUCCCACCAAACAUCGAGAUGUUCUCGUCUUCAAUUCUCUAAGUGGGCCUCUUGGCAGCCAGGUAUGGGCUCAGAUCCUUAACCGCGCCACAACGCAUCAACCAUGGGAGCCUGCGACAACUGGUGUUGUUGUCUUCUGGAAUGUCUCGGAGUCUGAGUGUGAGGAGACUAUCACCAAGAUUCGCAAAGAAUGCAACAGACCUAUUUCCCCGGAAGCAGUAGAAUUUGAGGAGCUGAUCUACUCCUUCACCAGGCAAGUCGGGGCGGUUGUCGCUGCACCACGUGACUUGGAUGGCCCUCCCAUUAUGACUCCCCUAGGCCGAGUCAUCUACAGUAGCUACCAUCUUCCUAUGGCUGUCACUGUGACGUUUUCUUGGUGUCAGCUUACGGAAGGGUCGAGGGACUGGCAGUGUGAGCAUGGUAGCCGAAUCCCUCGGAGUAUUGAGAAGGUUGGGCCGACCCGUCUCGACGUUGAAGACAUCCGCCUACACGCACUUCCACCGCGAUCAGAUGCUAACGAGUCACAGGACGCCUAUGAAAAGGCUGUUCAGACUCUGGCCAUUGAAAAAAUCGCCUUUUCUGACGCUUUAGCUUCAUCGGUAAUGUGUCGAGUUGCUCAUGUGGUGGCACGUCGUGGUUCCGCAUCGGCACCCUGGUCUGGGUACAAGCAGAUGCAACUUGAACAGCCUCUUCACGAUCUUUCUUCAUCCCCUUCUUCCUGGGCACAUUCACUAGUUGAAGGCACUCCUGAUUUGCUAUCCACCUUUUGA